GAGCGGAGCUGCGGGCGGGCGGACCUCCUCAGCGAGGCGGCGGCUGAGGCGGAGGAGGCGGUGGCGGCGGAGGCCUCGCGGGCUCCCGGAGGCGGCGUGGCAUCGUCAGCGUCGUCGUCGUUAUCGGCGGCCCUGCCCUUUGUCUUCUCCUUCUUCCCGCCCCGUCCCGCGGGGUUGAUGUGGCUGCGCUGGGAGAGGAGGAUGAACGGAGGAUAAAUGGUGCCCAAGGCGGACAGCGGCACCUUCCUCCUCCUCUUCCUCCUCGUGCUCAGCAUCACCGAGCCGCUGCGGCCAGAACUGCGUUGCAUCCCUGGGCAAUUCACCUGCCGGAGUGGUUCAGUCCAGUGCAUCCCUUCCAAGUGGCAGUGCGAUGGGUGGCCCACCUGUGAGGAUGAAAGCGAUGAAGUUGGCUGCCCAAACUAUACGGGGGACCAACGCAUUUAUCACGGGAAGGAAAAUGUGGAUUCCAGGCACGGUCGCGGAAGAGGAGGGGACACGACACGCUUCCACACCAUCAACAUGGCGCAGCCAGUUCGAUUUAGUAGGAAAUGCCCAUCAGGGUGGCACCACUACGAGGGCACUGCCAGUUGCUACAGGGUGUACCUAAGCGGAGAGAACUACUGGGAUGCUGUACAAACCUGCCAGAAGGUGAAUGCUUCCUUGGCCACCUUUACCACCGAUCAGGAGCUGAAGUUCAUUUUGCAACAAGAGUGGGACUCUGAGGAGAAGACCUUUGGCCGGAAAGAUCAACGCCGGUUUUGGGUUGGAUAUCAGUUCAUCAUCACCAACCGCAACAAUUCUCUUGAAGGCCAUUGGGAAGUCGCUUAUAAAGGAUCGUCGGAGGUAUUCCUGCCCCCGAAUCCUACCUUUAGUACAUCGCUCUCCGAAAACGAAAACAUCCUCUGCGCCCAAUUCCAGUGCUCCCACUUCCCAAUUCUCCGGCACCACGGUUUUCACAGCUGGUAUGCCGAGAACUGCUACGAAAAAUCAUCCUUUCUUUGUAAGAGAAGCCAGACCUGCGUGGAUAUCAAAGACAACAUUGUCGACGAAGGCUACAAUUUCACACCGAAAGGGGAUGACCCCUGCUUAAGUUGCACAUGUCACAACGGCGAGCCGGAGAUGUGCGUGGCGGCCUUGUGCGAGCGGCCGCAGGGCUGUCAGCAUUACCUAAAGGAUCCCAAGGAAUGCUGCAAAUUCACCUGUUCAGAUCCUGACGGCUACAGUUUGUUCGAUUCCAUGGCCAGCGGCAUGCGACUCAUCGUCAGCUGUGUCUCUUCUUUCCUCAUUUUGUCCCUCCUGCUCUUCAUGGUCCACCGGCUGCGGCAGAGACGCCGGGAGCGCAUCGAAUCUCUGAUUGGAGCCAACUUGCAUCAUUUUAACCUGGGCCGACGGAUGCCUGGUUUCGAUUACGGUCCAGACGGCUUUGGAACGGGACUCACGCCCCUGCACCUUUCCGAUGACGGAGAAGGUGGAGCCUUUCACUUCCACGACCCUCCUCCGCCCUACACAGCCUACAAAUAUCCAGACAUCCAACAUCCAGAUGACCCUCCGCCCCCUUAUGAAGCUUCCAUCAACCCGGACAACAUUCUUUGUUCUCCACCAGACGGGCUCCAUUCUCAGAUGGGUCCUGCCGCUCAGCUGUCCUUAGGGAACGCCGACACGACUCCACCACUCCCGGACGACUCUCUUCCUCCUUCCGUCGGCCCGUCCCCGAUGGACCUUGAAAACUCUGCCGACAGCAGCACCCUCCUUGUCCUACCAGACACUCCUUUAAGUGAAAGCACGCUCUCGGAAAGCCUGGCUGGCAACCAACACAGCCACUGUUCUCUAAACACCAUUGUAUAAAUAAAAGAAAAAAGGAAACACAAUCAAAACAAGAGAUUUCCCCUCCCAUUAAACUGCCAGCCAGCAAUCAAUGUCAGGCAAGCUGCUUGUCCGGCCCGAUGCACGAGGAGGAAAUGCUGGAUUCACGGACUGAAGUUCGGAAAUAAAAAACCUCCCGUGUCUGGC